AAUUCACAAUAGCAAAGAAAGUAAUCGCAAAUCUUUUAACUUUAUAGUUUUUAACUCUUGCCUAUUAUCUAUGAUUUGAACUAACGAGCCAUGGAGUUAAAGUGAUGUGCAUAUCAUAGGAAAUGUUACUAACGUUUUUUAUACUCAUAAAUGUCCUCCAAAAGUUGGUCGUCGUGUAUACUUUGAGUUAGAAAUAUCGGAAGUGAACAAACCUACUUCCGUGUCGAAUUACUUAAUUAUUUAUAUAUAAUAAUAAAUACUAAUUACUUUAAAUGCGACGAUCACAACGACUUAUUAAAUGUAAAGAUGUUGCGGAUAAACCUAAUUGUUUUGAUGAAAGUAGCUAUUUAACUUCUGAUGAUCGGAAUGUUAAGCAACAAAUUCAAAUUUUAGGAGGCAAAACGGAUAACGGAAGUAACAGUAAUGAACGCUUACCUCAGUUAUUCAAAAAAAUAAGUGAGGUUCAAGGCACAGACGUUAACAAAAACACUUUGUUAAAUAUUUCUAAGACCAACUCUGCGUUACAAGAUAUAAAUACAAGUAAUAGUAAUAUAUCAAAAAAAAGUAGUUUAAAAUCUGUGAAGCGGGCUCAGAAUAAACGAUGUCCAACCGUACCAUCUGCAGCAGCAACUAAAAUAAGAGGCAGAAAAAGAGGUUAUACUAGGUCUAAAAGCGUUAGACAAUAUAAAAAAAGUCGCAUCGAACCUGUUUCAAAUGAGGUUGAAGUAAAACCACCUAUCAUAUCAAUUGAUAAUUAUUUUAACCCCAUAAGAAAUCCAUUGCUGCAAGUUGCAGCAAAUGCCCAGCCGAGGCAGAAUAAUGAUUUUUAUUGCUAUAACAAUACCUCACUAUUACCUCCAAUGUAUCCGAAUCAUUUUGUCAAUCAAAACUACACCAACACUUUAAUUAAUCCUCAACAAUUGCAAUUUUUUGAAGCGAUGGAGUCAAAUGUUCAACCAGAAAUACACUUUCCCACGCCAGAAUUAACACAAUCACUUGAUUUAGAUUCAUCCACUUCCACAAUAUCGCUGCCGGAAUCUCUUCGAGAACUGUUCGGAUGUGAUGACAUACGUGAUGUUUUAAAAUUGGAUAAAGUAAUAUUUCGAAUGCGUCUUUUACAUUUGCAAACAUUGGCAUAUGUGUUAAACAUAGAGUUCGAUUACUUGCGUGACUUGAUUGAGAAGAUAAUGAAGUUGGAUACAGAGACUUUACAGAAAGUCAUUUUUGCUUUUCAACCGGAAGCAAAUUUUAAAAAUGAUACAGAUAUACAUAUGUAAAUAAGUCCAUAAUAAUUUAUAAUGCUUUUAUAAAUAAAUAUAAAAAAUUAUCGUUGUAAAAUUAA